UCUGAUAAAAUCUAUUCCAGAGAACACCCACAGACCUUUUUAUCUUUAUCCUGGGAAACUGAGAUUGUAUUGUUGUUUUUAAUUAGCUUGUUUAAAAUCAAAAGUUCUCCUCUUUCCUUUCAGGAAAAGUAAAAGAGAGAGAGAGAAACCGAAGCUGUUGUCCAGAAUUUGAAAUGGACAGUAUUCUAGGCAGCUGCUUAAAAUCAGACAGCAUCUGAAGAAGGAAACCCAUGACUUCCUCUUCUCUCUCAUGACUGAAAAAGGUUGUGCUGUGGCUGUAUAGGACAAGGCUUUCUGCUGAUGAAGUCUGCAGACUAAAUACUACCUUUUGAUUAUAUAACAAGAGAAAAAUAUUUCAGAAGUCAGCACAUUCUCCCCACCAGCAAUAUAAUCUCCCAAUGCAGGAAAAUCCAAGUAUUCCGUUGAUUACAGCUAAUUAAGGAAGAAAAUACAGCCCAAAUGGACCCUGUGUACAGUCCUUCUGGAAACAGCAGCAACUGCAGCACUGAUAAAAGCAUGAAUCAAGUUCUCUUUCCCUUGUUGUACACAUUUAUUUUUGUUGUGGGAAUAAUUAUGAAUGGAUUAGCCAUGGGAGUCUUUUUCCAGAUUGCCAACAAAUCUAAUUUUAUCAUCUUUCUCAAGAACACGGUGAUUGCUGACAUCCUCAUGAUCCUAACUUUUCCAUUCAAAAUUCUCAGUGAUGCAAAGCUGGUGUCCUGGGAAUUGAGAGGGGUUGUCUGCAAAGUGACUCAAGUCAUAUUUUACUUCACCAUGUACAUCAGCAUUAUCUUCUUGGGCCUCAUAACCAUUGAUCGCUAUUUGAAAACUGCCAGACCCUUCAAACCAGUCAGCUCUGACAAUACAUUGGUAUCCAAAAUCCUAUCUGCGCUUAUCUGGAUAUUCAUGUUUUGUCUGUCUCUUCCUAACAUGAUUUUGACAGACAAGAAGCCGACACAGGAAAAUGUGAAGAAAUGUGCAGACCUGAAAUCUGAUUUUGGUUUAGUAUGGCACGAACUUGUUAAUUAUGUUUGCCAGUUUAUUUUCUGGGCUAAUUUUGCCAUUAUAGUUGUGUGCUACACACUCAUAACACAGGAGCUGUACAAAUCCUACAAAAGAACAAGAAGCAAAGGAAACACGAACAAAAAGACUGUAAACGUGAAAGUAUUCAUAAUUAUUGGCGUGUUCUUCAUUUGCUUUGUGCCUUUCCAUUUUGCCAGGAUUCCUUACACCUUGAGCCAAACAAGAGAUGUUUUCAAAUGUUCAACCCAGAACACGUUGUUUUAUAUAAAGGAGAGCACUUUAUGGCUGACAUCCCUAAAUGCAUGUUUAGAUCCAUUCAUAUAUUUUGCCCUGUGCAGAUCCUUCAGAAGAUCUCUCCUAAAUCUAUUUCAUAAAUAUGUAACCAAAAAAAAGAGAGAGCACAAAACAGAAACAACUGAUGAGCAGACACCACUGUAGUCCAACGUGAAACACAUUAAUACAGCCAAAGCAAUUUUGCACCCGCUUGAGUGCAUGCAUGUGUUCUAACGGCCAAUUCUCUCACGCCAGAAGCGACUUGCAGUU